CACGCUCCCGUUAGGACGCCGCUCGACGCUCGACGGGGAGACGUGUGAAAAACGCUUUGCUUUGGCUUUUACUUAAGUGCCGUUUUCAUCUAUGUUUCAUUAAAAUCACUGAUUUGAGAUGUCACGUCGACGAAAGAGUGGAGCAAUUGAAACGACAUCCAAGGAUCAGAAAGCUGAUAAUGAUGACGAUAAAUUAACAAUGAAUGAUUCCAAGGUGGAAUGGAGUGAUCAGGAGAAGAGACGUCUUUUAGAUGCUUUAAAAAAAGAUGAGGGAAAAAACAACUGGCGUUGGAUUGCAAGACAAGUGAAAACAAGAACAACAGCACAGGUGAAAGACUUUGCUUCAAAACUCAGGACAGAAAAGCAAGCAUCCAACAAGAGACCAAUUGCACCAAAAGAUGACAGUCCACUUGAGGCAUGGAUUAAUGUGACAAAGAGACUGAGAGGUGACAGUGAUGUAGAUGGGACUUGUAUUCCUCAGAAUCAAACUGCAGAAACAACACCAUCUGAAGAAUUGUUGGAAAAGGAAGUUAACAGCUGCAACCAUGUUGACCCUGGUAUGGAGAAAAGUGACGAAAAUAAAGAGGAAUCACAGGAUCCGGCAGGUGAAAGCACAGAUGAAAAUCAAACUGGUCCAGGAUCCAAAAUCAACCAUGACAAAAGCAACCGUGAGAUAGACUAUAUUAUGAAGGACAUUUUGACUAAUCAGAGACAAAUGAUGGAGAAAAUUGAUGUUUUAGACUCCAAACUUGAAAAGCUGCAGUCUAAUAACCAAUCCUCACCGUCAACUGUAAUGGAAUUGUUGGCUAAGAUCAAUGAAAGACUCGAUCAGCUCAGCAAGAAUGCAUCCCAUGCUUGUUGUGGUGGACCAAUCAUUCUUCAAACAACUCGUCAUGCCAAUGUUGUACAUCAACCUGUCCUUGAUCCCUGUCUAUCUUGUAGAGACAUGAUAAGAAACGACAGAACUGAAAUUUUACCAGUAGCUCCUUCAGAAGAUAAUAUCUCAAGCAUCUCAUGUCCUUUAAACACAAAUUAUGAAUCAACAAAAACUUCAAAUGUAAAUAGCACAGGGAAUGAUUCUUCUAAGUGUGUUUCUGGGCAACAACAUUGUAUGGAUUUUGUCUCCGACAAGCAGAAUGAUUCUUACCCUGAACCACAAAUUAUGGUUACCAGCCAUCACACAUCUUCUCCAAGAGUUACCUCAAGUGUUCAUGGUGCACCUCCUGAAGAUCUCUCUGAACCACCAAAAAACAAUAAAGGUAGCGUUCUGAAAAAGGUGUCUUGUGUAUCAGAAAGUGAGGACAUUUCACCAAGUAUGUCAAGUGAACAAACUUUGCCAGCCACUAAACAUUCUUCAAAGACAGAUGCUUAUAUUUUUCUCAGUAAAGAAAGUAGCUCCAUGCCAAAGGGAUCCCAAUGUAAAACUGUAAUUGUUAGUCAACCUCCAAUCAGUGCGAUAAACAACUCUCCUCCAUCAGCAAAAGAAGUUUCAAAUUUUUCAAGACAACAGCGAAUUUCAUCCUCUCAAGCUGAGUGCAGAAAUGUGUCUUCUCCUUCAUGUACUCAACAUUUUAUAACAGCAUCCACACAUGUUCCUUCUGUAAACAGGUCACAAGUGCGAAUUACACCCUUAUCCCAGCCGUCUUUUAGUGGUGGUGAGAUUGUGUUAUCUAACAGCCAUGCUGUUGUAAAAAAUCCAUCAUCACAUGCAACAGAAAUGCAGCUUGAUUAUAAAUCCACGGCAACAGUUUUUCCAGACACUUCAUGUACUGUCUCCAGCCUGUCAUCUGGACCAAGCCAUUUUACUCCACAACACGCCAUCUUGGUGGCUAAUGGCUCUACCAGCAGUACACCAUCACGUAAUACAUGUGAUAAACCCUCUUCAGGUGUUCAAGUGCUUCAAGAACCUUCACCUCCAGUGCAAAAGAACAUUCCGCCAGGUUACAUAGCCCUUUCACACACUCCAACUGUUCCCCCAUCUCCAAGCACACCAAACAACACAACUGCAUGGCAGCCUCAAACAGUGAUGUCAACAGGGUCUAGUCAUGCCAUGCAUCAAAGAACAGAGUUCCACAGUUCCCCAGCCUCACAUGCCAUUCUUUCAACACCUGAUGAAGUUAGUGGUAGACAAGACAAAGUCUCAAGACGGGAUGUUCUCAGUGCAGCCAUGUUACUCAGUACCUAUGUCUCAGAACACCCUAAUCAACAGGAUCAAUUACACUGGCAGUCCUGCCUCAAUGCAAUAAUCGCAGAUAAUCAAGGAAAAAACCAAGAUCAGCCCAGACAAGAUCUUUCACAGCUUGUUUCAGUGGGUGGUAGUCCACACGUCCUGAUGAUUCAACAUGAACUAGAAGAUGUCUACAAGAAAUGCAGAACUCGUCCACAGUUCUUUUCCCUGCGGUUGGCUGAGAGGCUAUUUGGACUUGAUGUAAUGAUGAAAUCCACGCCUAAUGGGAUUGGAGGAAAAGCAGCUCUAAACCCAACAAUUUUGGAUGCAAUCAAAACUGAAGUCCUUCAGAGGUUUGGUUCAGGAGUGUCUCCUGAACAACAGACUGAGAUGUGGAAAGGCUGCAUGACCAGUAUUGCUCAGAGGUGCAAAAGACUCCGAAAUCCACGGAGGAACAGGUCACCAAUGGUCACAGUAAUCAGUAAUGACAAUGAAGGGCCCCCUUCUAUGGCAGUGGGCAAAGAAUUGCGUCUUAACAUGGCUGGAAAUCCUCAAACUGAGUCAGAUGAUGAAGAUGAGGAAUUUGAUAUGGAUAAUUUGAAUCAUCCAAGUUCACAUAAAACUCCAACUCUAGUCAGAUUGUCAUCUGACAGUGAACAAGAGGAUUCACAUGGCAGCAUUCACAAUGUUUCUUGUAGGAGUGGAAACAUUAAGAUUCACAACGUGAAACAAUUGGAAGACUCUGGAAAGCAGAUGAAGCCAGCUGUUAAUUCAAGGGAAGAAUCUGGGGAUGAGGGAGCAGCUGUACAUGUUCCUCCAGGCAUUGACCCAGACAUAACAGUUGUUCACUUGCCAUCCACUCUGGAAACAGCAUUACAGCCUAAAGAAUUAAACAAACAACUGGGCAUAGCUCUCUCUCGAGCCAAUGGAGCAGACACCUUUAUCAGAUUGAAAGAAAGUGAAAGUUCUGAUGCUCAUCCCACACAUAUUCAGGAACCCUAUAUGCAGACAAGAGACACUGUGUCACCUGGGCAUAAUUUACCUGUUGCUUGCAAAUAUUCUGGAGACCGUCCACCUGUAGAAGGAAAUAUUUACAAGCCUGGUGGGACAUCUGCUGAAAAUAUCAUAGUGUCCGGCAUUAAAAUGACUCCAGACUACUCCUAUGUGCUGGUUGGAGGAAACCCAAAUGUGGCUCUGCCACGUCAAAAGUAUCUUGAUUCACUCACAAGAUCAGGGCAGCCAACACACUUUGCAGUCCGUCUGGCAGAGUUGACUUUUGGAGACGAGGUUCUUAGGGCAUCAACAGUGACAGGAGCCAAACCUGGCACUUUACAGUUAGAUCCAGCAGUCAUUGAUGCCAUUCAAACUGAGGUGAUCGACAGGUUUUUAAAAGACCUAAACAAAGAACAGCAAGCAGUAGUUUGGCGGAAGUGUGUCACAAGUAUAGCCACAAGGUGUAAAACCCUUCGGUACAACAGAUCCAAGGUGCAGAUGGCACAAGGCGAACAUCAGUGGACAAUUCAUCCUAGCCAUGUUACAGAUGACAAACCACAGUAGACAAAGGAAUGGCAACUUGUAGAACUGUUUUCCCUUAAGAAGCUACCAAUACAUGCAGUUUCUCAAUAUUCAAAGAAAAUUUCAUUCUACUAUCCUUUGAA